AUGCAAGCUCCGAAAUAUAUUGAAACAGAUCAAACUCUCAAAUGGUCAAGAGAUCACGCUUUAUUAAUCCACCAAAAACGUCUCAACGAAAUCAAAGCAGAAUCAAGCAAAAUAAGCUCCUUAUCUGGCAUAUCAAAAAAAUCAAGAAUAAGACCUCAAAGGUUCCUUGAAGUUGAGCGAUCUCUAGAUAUUAAAAAACAUAAUCAGUUACUUCUAGAACGACUAGUAGAAAUCUCAAUAGGCAGAAAAGUAUCAAUUUAUAUAGAGAAAAGAGGAUCCCAUGUCAAACACCCAAUCAACUAGAAGUCUGAAUCGAAUAGUUAGGAAAAAAGAAGCUGAAAAAAUUUUGAAUGAAAAUGAAUGGCUUGCCAGAAGACUUGCUGAGCAAAAACCAAGGAUGAUGUCUAAAAAGAAGCUUGAUGAGGAAUAUAGCUUAUUUAGGGAAUACAAAACAAGAUUAUCCAAACUUCAUUAUUUAAAGACAAACAAAAAGCCAACUGAAAGAAGUGCAGGCAGCCUGCCUCAGAUUGAGAGAGAAAAAGUGAUAAGGACAACAAGAGAAGGGAAGUAUAAAAUGAGAUCUCAGACCCCUGACAUUUUAAAAAAGAAAAGCUAUCUUAGUCAAAGAACUAGCUCCAAUUCUCCUAUACCCAAAAAGCUGUCUCCAACUAGAUAUAAGCCUAAAGAUGAUCAAGAAACCGGAGAUGAAAAACCAAUUGAAUAUUCCCUUGAUUUGUAG